CCAUCAUGUAGCUGCAGCACAGCCUUCCCUAACGUUGCAACUGGGGGAAAUAUCACUUUCCAGUCUGUUUUGCAAGGUGUGCAUUUCCAUCUUGAUUCCCUGAAAGUCCAUCUACUGCAUCGGUCAAGAGAAACUCCACUUGCAUGAAGAUUGCACGCCUGCAGCUUGCAUCUUUGUUGCAAAACUAGCUACAGAAGAGAAGCAAGGCAAAGUCUUUUGUGCUCCCCUCCCCCAUCAAAGGAAAGGGGAAAAUGUCUCAGUCGAAAGGCAGGAAGCGAAACCCUGGCCUUAAAAUUCCAAAAGAAGCAUUUGAACAACCUCAGACCAGUUCCACGCCACCUCGAGACUUAGACUCCAAAGCAUGCAUUUCUAUUGGAAAUCAGAACUUCGAGGUGAAGGCAGAUGACCUGGAGCCCAUAAUGGAACUGGGGCGAGGUGCGUACGGGGUCGUGGAGAAGAUGCGACACGUGCCGAGCGGGCAGAUCAUGGCGGUGAAGCGGAUCCGGGCCACAGUAAAUAGCCAGGAGCAGAAAAGGCUACUGAUGGAUUUGGAUAUUUCCAUGAGGACAGUCGACUGUCCUUUCACCGUGACCUUUUAUGGCGCACUCUUCCGGGAGGGCGACGUUUGGAUCUGCAUGGAGCUCAUGGACACAUCACUAGAUAAAUUCUACAAACAAGUGAUUGACAAAGGCCAAACAAUUCCAGAGGACAUCUUAGGGAAAAUAGCAGUAUCUAUUGUAAAAGCAUUAGAACAUUUACACAGUAAGCUCUCUGUCAUUCAUCGAGACGUCAAGCCUUCCAACGUGCUAAUCAACACUCUGGGCCAAGUAAAGAUGUGCGACUUUGGAAUCAGUGGCUACCUUGUCGACUCUGUCGCUAAAACUAUUGAUGCAGGAUGCAAACCGUACAUGGCCCCCGAAAGAAUAAACCCAGAGCUCAAUCAGAAGGGAUAUAGUGUGAAGUCUGACAUUUGGAGUCUGGGCAUCACAAUGAUUGAGUUGGCGAUACUUCGGUUUCCCUAUGACUCUUGGGGAACUCCCUUCCAGCAGCUCAAGCAGGUGGUAGAGGAGCCCUCUCCACAACUCCCCGGAGACAAGUUCACUGAAGAGUUUGUUGACUUUACCUCACAGUGCUUGAAGAAGAAUUCCAAAGAACGGCCAACAUAUCCAGAACUUAUGCAACAUCCAUUUUUCACCCUACACGAAUCCAAAGCAACAGACGUGGCAUCUUUUGUAAAACUGAUUAUCGGAGACUAACUACCAUGGACUCCAUUGGUUGGCCCUCCUGUGGAUUGGUGGGUUUACAGGGUGAAGCAGGUUCAUGAAAGCGCCAAUAGAAACUCAUCUUUGAGAUAAUUUAAUCCCGCCUCUCAGAAGGUUUUUUUCCUCCCCAUUUUCUUUUCUUUUCUCUUUUUUCCCCUCCAAAGGGGGCCUUUGGAAUCUAUAGUAUAGAAGGAACUGUCUAGAUGGAUGAAAUAUGGCAAAGGCUUAGGACUUAAAAAGGUGAUUAAAUAUUUAAUGAUGUGUCGUAUGAGUCCUUAAGCUUCUCAGACUUCUCUUGUUCUUCGUGAAACGAAUGCAUUGGCCCUGGUCAAAAGGUGCUACAGUAGUGAUGAAAUUGUAAGUAGAUCUGUAGUCUGUCCUACUUAUUAUUUUAAUAUUUAUGUUUAAGUGCUUGGUUGAAAAGAUUCCACUUUAUGCAAGGAGGGAGAUGCAAGAGACAAGGUUGGGUUGGCAAUAUUUAUAGGGCUUUUAUUUUUAAGUUCAAUUGUGUCUGUGGUCCAGAGGAAAUUAUUUAAUAUGCAUCUUUAAGAGUAUUAUAACAAUAUCAGUGAGGAGCUCUUCUUUGUAAAAUACUUGUUCCAGCUGUUGUGGCUGCUUAUCGUGUCCUUAGAUUUCUGCUCAGCUCCUGGGUAAUAACCACAUGUUUCAGGUCAAGUGAGGCAUCCCUUUCCCCAACUUUGGGAAACAUAAAAUCAACUGUUGUCACAUCUCAGAGUCCUGAGUUGGAUUCUCUUAGCCUUUGUGGUAUUAAUGCAAUGUGAUUUGCGGUGUGGUUUUAUAUCACCUAUCCACCCUUCUACAUGUGUGCCUGUGUGUAUUCGGUAAGUCCCAAGUUCUGCCAAGGGGCUUCCACGGACAUCUCUACUUGGUGAGGAGGACAUAUGUGGGUCAUGUUAAACCUCACGGAGAAUUGGUGCCUUCUGCUUCUGUCCCUCCUGACAAUGUAUAAGCCCCAAGGUUUGCCUUUGUGUUAAGAUGCGCUUUUACUUUCUUCUUUUUUCUCCCUUGUUCCAUAAAGGAGCCUUACUAUUAAUGGGAGGGCUGCAAUACAAGAAAAUAAAAGCUCUUUGGUAAGAUAGGAGAUCAUGGGGAGAAUUGAAUUAAUUCCUAGGAAUAGACUGCCUGGGGUUGAGGCCACAUUUCACUUCAGCAGCACACGGUAGCAUGUUCUCCUGUAGGAAGCCAGUGCCGUUGUGGGUUCCUGGCAGGUUGACAAAGCAAUGAAAGCUUGUUCUCAUGACUAAAUAUACCCCUAAGUUCUCUAGGUUCCUUGAUGAAAAAUGAGUGAAGUGAUGCAGGGCAACUGGAGACUGAUGAUAACCAGGAAGCAUUGCUUUUGGACAUUGGGUUUACAUAAGGCUACUCUUGAAGGACAAGGAUGGAGAAUUUUGAUAAACAAGGAAGAAGAGAACUCCCUCUGUUUCUUUCUUUGCCUCAAGUUCACAGAUAGGGAGAUUAUUAUUCCUGAAAAUCUUCCCUACUUUCCCUGUUAGAUUUUGAAAUGCAGACAAUAGUUUUUCUGUGUCUGCAUUUUCUCCUUGUUCUUGUCUUCUGUCCAGCUCAGAGCAGUUGCCCAGAGUGAGUAUGGCCCUCCUGUAUGCUUCUUUGUAUCCCCAGUUCCAAGAGAUACCUGUGUGAUCAAAUGUAGUUUCAUCUUCUUUAAAGCUACCUCUUUUCCUCAUCUUUUUCCAGCCAGGAAAGGUGUAUUAUCCUCGUGGUUAUGGCCAUUCACUUUCCUUUCUAUGUUAGUAAAUUGGGCAGUUUCCCUCGUUGAGACCAAGAGAAAAAAAAAUCACAACUGUAUUCCUUCUUCUCUUCAAGUAGUAGAAAAAUUGGCGGUCAUUCCAUCACAGCUUUUGGCAGAAUAUAUAAGGCAAGACCUCUUUCUCGUCUGAGUCAGAUAACUUGGUAUCUGUUGCUCAGUGCGGUUUCUACUUAGAAAUGUUCUUAACCAAGUGUGUUCUCAUGUGUAUGCCUCUCCAAUUUGUGAGCCCAGGGCCUAAAGUUGCAAAAUAAUCAUACUAAGAGAAGGGGUUAGUUGAUGGCUCUCAACCUGGUGUGCACUGGAAUCCCUGGGAGUUGGUGAACACUGCCAAUGCCAAGUUUGGGAUUGUGUUGGUUCAGGGUGGGGCCUGGAAAUUGGCAUAUUUUACACACUGUUUGUGAUUCUGAUGCACAGCACAGUCUAGUACCUCCAAAAGAGAGAACUGACUUAAAAUUGGGAACACUGGUCUAGUACCUCCAAAAGAGAGAAUUGACUUAAAAUUUCUCUUGAACAUUGGCAGAGGGAAACAAGAGCCCCCACUUGAUCCCCUGUCCUCAUCAAUGGGGCCAUCUUUGCCAUUAUCAGAGAAGGCAUGUUCUGGGAAAACUGAUUUGGAACUUGGGAUACAUUGUCCUCAUUGAAAUAAUGUACAACAUGGUGAUCAGAAAUCUUCUGUGCUCAAGUAGAAUGGCUUGGUUGGCUUAUGAGUCUAAAUUCUAGAAUGUGUGUUUGUGUGUGUUGGAGAACCAUGUUAUAAGUUCUAAACUAAUUUUACAAUAAACAUAGAGAUGCAUAAACCAUA